AUGCCAGCGUUUUCUAUGGGGGCUUGUGUUCAAAAAUCAGUCAAACGUGGAUCCUGAUUGGUCGGGGGAACCGUUUUUACGCAUGCGUGUCUUGGUGUAUAACAGUGGCGCCUUCGGGGACAGUCUGAAUUUUGAGUUUUACACAGCUUUAUCAAACAUGCUUGAUAAUUAUUCAUCAAAAUAUAGUUUGUAGUUCACUGGUGUCUUUGAAGUACAGAAAACUGGCAAAAAGGAGAAAAAUAUAAACAGUGAAUUACAUUCGCGCACAUUUUCCUUCAAUUUAACCCAAGUCGGUCGUUGAAUAUUCUUGAUCCAUAAAAUUAAAGUCACAGCACUUUUUUUUGUUUUACCGGUUUACAUUUUUCGUCGUACUUGUCAAAGCGUAAAUCUAAAUCUACAGUGCUCAGAACUGUUCGGUCCGACAACGCCUUAUGUCUGAAUUACGGACAGUUUCUGUCGGAAGUGGGAGCUUACCAAAGGUAUUUAAAGGUGGCACGACCAUAACAGGAAAUGAGAGCGUUGUUGGGUUGGACAGACGGAGCUCCCAGCAGACGGUGCACCAGGUAACGUUUCCUCCAUCCUGCUGUCCUGCCAGACCAUCUUCUCCUUAAGUCCUCUGUCCUGUCCAGAGCCUGACCUUUAGUCCCCAUCAUGGACAACCUCGAGGAGGACCUGACGUGCUCGGUGUGCUACUCUCUGUUCUCUGACCCGCGAGUCCUGCCGUGCUCACACACCUUCUGUAAGACCUGUCUGGACAACUUGCUCCAUGUGUCCACCAACUAUUCCAUCUGGCGCCCACUCCGCCUGCCACUCAAAUGCCCCAACUGUCGCAGUGUGGUGGAGCUGCCCCCAACGGGCAUAGACGCUCUGCCCAGCAACGUAUCUCUGCGAGCCAUCAUCGAGAAAUACCAGAGGGACAGUGAACCACGACACCCCUCCUGUCAGGAGCAUCCCAGACAGCCUCUGAACAUGUACUGCAUCCAGGACCGGCAGCUGAUCUGUGGGUUAUGUUUGACAGUGGGAGAGCACCAGGGCCACCCCAUAGAUGACCUGCAGGCAGCUUACAUCAGAGAAAAGCCAACCCCAGCACUACUGCUGGCCAGACUGUCUGAACACCGAUGGGCACAAGUGUGUGAGCUCGGGGAGCAGCUGGAACAGGACAAAGCCCGCUGUGAGGCCCUGCUGAGGCAGGACAAACAGGACGUCGCUCAGUUUUUUCAGACCCUGGAGGCGGUGCUGGCGAGGAAAAGACAGGCCUACCUGGAUGCCCUGGACAAGGCCGGUGCGGAGGUGGUACAAGCCUACAACCCCCUGAUCGACAGGGUCAAGGAGCUGCAGGAGGAGCAGCUGGACCUGGUGUCGUUGGGUUCAUCGGUGGAGGAGGAGGACUCGCCGCUGGUUUUCCUGGAGAAGGUGCAUCAGCUCAGAGAGCGGGUGGAGGAGUUUAUCCAAGCCCCUCUGCCCUCGGUGAUAAACCUGUCGGUGAGUCCGCGGGCGGCCGAGUACCUGCAGCAGAACUGGCCUGUGGUCACCAUCCGCAGCCUGGAGGACGCGCCGGUGCCUAAGGUGUCCUGCUGUUCCAGAUGUAGCGGUCAAGACCCUGAGGUCCGGUUUGGAUCUGAACGGCAUCGGUGUGACAGUGGGGUCCAGGAACUGUGGUCUGAGGCUCGGCCCGUGUCCUCGGCAGCGGCAGUGGUGGGGGGGCUUCUGCUGUUGCUGCUGACCGCUCUGUGGGUCAACCCGGUCGGAGGAGCCACACUGGGCUUCUCUCUGCUCUCUCACCUGAGUCAGUUGGUCCAUGGGCUGAGCAGCGAAAUGAUGAGCUGUGUCUGGGAGGCAGCGGACUCGGGCUACACCACCAUGCAGGCAGCCAUGGAAACAUGGAGCUCUCAUCUUUCCUCUGUGGGGGAAAAGGUUCUACAACAGCUGGAUGCCUUAUUUCAAACGCUCAAACCCCACUGAAAGAGGAAUGUGAACAUUUCACUCACUCCCUCCUGUUUGUAUUCAUCGUACAAAUUCCACCCAAAACACUACGACUUACGACAGUACUUUUACCGUUGGUGUUUUUGCUCGAUUCAUCCUUUUACAUGUAGGUCAGUGACUGUGAGGUUAUGCUCUGCUUUUAGAAAACAGCCUCUUUCAAACCAAAAUGUAGCUUUUAAGACUAGUGUUGCAGGCAUUUCAUUGUCAAUCCAACAACCUUACUCUAUACACAAAUCAAACUGAUCCUGGACCAGCUGAGGGAAAGGGUAGAUUAACUGGAAAUAAAAAGAAUGGGGCCCAAAGUGUUACUUUAAGCCUGUUCAGAGAUUAAAAACAGGGAGUAUAGUGUUAUUUAGUUUUAGAUUAUGUGGCAGUUCAGUUUCUACACUUUUAUUUAUUGGAGUUUUGUUACCUUUUUUGCAGUGUAUAUUAGAAUAAAUGAUCAAACCUAAUAAAACAAUAGCUUUACCAAAUACAAAAUGUAAAGUGGUGAGCCGUAAUAGAAUCCAGAGCAAUAUGGAGACAAAGAGUAGAAACCUUACGCCGUCUGUGCCUCCAGACUCUGAUGCUGUGCUUGUGUUUGCCAGACUGUUUACACACAGUAUGUGAAAUGUUGAGCCGGGUGGAUGGAAACGGCAGCCCAAGCCUCAACGGAUCAUGUUGCAUUGAUGCAGAGCUUCUUUACUGUGCCUUAACCUCACUCCACUUCAGUUAACUUUACCGAUCAAUUAUGAGCUCUUUUUUACCAAAUAGUGCAUUAAUGUACAGUAGUUUUAUUAAAGAUGUUACUGAAACCAUUAGCCUGUCGGCGUUAUGCCAAAAUGUAUUCAUUAUAUGUACAUUUAUGUUAUACACACUGAUUACAGACAGAAUAAGAGUCUGUUUAACACCUGAAUCGGUGUCAGUUUUUUUUUUUUUUUUAAACACUAUCACCUUUACUCAGUAAAGUUUGCAUUUUUGAAAAUUUGUUCACUUUCUGUAUUUUAAAGUCAUAAUAAAUGUGAAAGCUGUUCGUCUUUGUGGUA